UUUCAGUGUACUUCAGUUGACAAUUUAAACGCAAGGUUAAUCAAACAAUUCAGUCGCACUUGCGGUGUGCAGGAAUACACAGCAUAAAAAUUCGAUUGUUAUACGCAAAAUUUGUACCAUGGACAACAGCGAUAUUAUUGAAUUUAAAGGUGAAACCUUUAUGGAAAUCCUAUUGAUCGAUUAUCGAUGGAUUAUUGUGUGCUUUCUAUUGUUACCGAUGUCAUUUCUCUACAAUUUAUGGUUUUACACACGCAACAAAAUCAUUUUUUAUAUGAGCAGUGCCCCACAUGCUCACAACGAUAAAGUUCGCAAAAUUCAAAAGCAGGUUCAAGAAUGGAACAAAUCAGAUAAAACGAAAAAAAUGUGUACAGCAAGACCUGGCUAUCAAACGAUGAGCUUCCGUAAACCGAUGUACAAGUCAAACAUGCAUCAAAUCGAAUGCAAUUUGAUUGAUAUUUUGGAAAUUAAUCGAGAGAAGCGUAGCGUUCGUGUAGAGCCAUUGGCAACGAUGGGUCAAAUAUCAGAAACAUUGUCAAAAAUUGGCUGGACUAUUGCCAUUGUGCCUGAACUUGACGACUUGACUGUUGGUGGUUUGGUAAUGGGAACUGGCGUUGAAUCUAGCUCUCACAACUAUGGACUUUUCCAACAUAUUUGUCUAUCAUUCGAAUUAGUUUUGGCCGAUGGCAGCGUUGUAAAAUGUUCUCGUGAAGAAAAUUCCGAAUUAUUCUACGCCAUCCCAUGGAGUUAUGGAACAUUGGGCUUCUUAACUGCUGUUGAAUUGAAAAUUUUGCCAGCCACAAAGUAUAUUCGUAUGCAGUAUGAACCAGUAUUUGGACUGGAAAACAUUGCCAAACGCUUUAACGAAGCUAGUCACGAUACAAACAAUAAUUUUGUCGAAGGGUUGCAAUACACCUUAGAUGAAGCGGUUAUUAUGACAGCAGUAAUGGUGCCAGAUCACGAGGUGGAUCAUACAAAGAUUAAUGAUAUUGGUAAAUGGUACAAGCCAUGGUUCUUCAAGUAUGUCGAAAACAUUCUGAAAACUGUACCAAGAGGUCAAACUGUUAUCGAAUAUCUUCCACUGCGUGAUUAUUAUCAUCGUCAUUCACGUGCUUUGUUUUGGGAAUUGCAAGACAUCGUGCCUUUUGGAAAUCAUCCAAUUUUCCGUUACUUAUUCGGCUGGUUAUUGCCGGUAAAAGUGUCAUUUUUGAAAUUGACACAACCAGAAGUGGUUAAAAAAAUGUACGAAGAAACGCAAGUAAUCCAAGAUUUAUUGGUGCCAACAUCAAAAAUGGCCGACUGUAUUCGUGAAUUUAACAAAUUGGUAAAUGUUUAUCCGUUGUGGUUGUGUCCGUUCCGUUUGUGGAAUGAUCCUGGUAUGGUUCAUCCAGCAUCUGGAUUAGAGGUUGACAUGUAUGUCGAUAUUGGUGUAUACGGCACAGUUAAAGUAAAACGUGGUCAAUUCGAGGCAGAACGCACAACACGCCAACUAGAAGAUAUCGUUGUCAAAUCGGAUGGAUUUCAAAUGCUUUACGCCGAUUGUUUCCGCACUCGUGAAGAAUUCCGUCAAAUGUUUGAUCAUCGGUUGUAUGAUCGUAUGCGCAAGCAAUUGCAAUGCGAAAACGCAUUCGUUGAAGUUUACGAUAAAAUUAAUAAAAAAGUUCGCGAUUAAAUUGCAUCAUUUUUUUGGUUUUGGUUGAAAACAAUCGGAUUAUCUAUCAAAGUAUUUUAUCGCUUUAGUGGAAGAAUUUUCGUUAUCAUCAUUGCGAACGAAUCAUUUGUGUGACUGACAUGCAAGUGAAGAGUUCCACAUCUUUAUCAAUCUACUUGAAAAAGUUACAAUAAAAAUAAUGUUUGCAAAUUGAGA